AAUGUGGUUUGUCUUGUUUUUUUUACUGGCUUUGCCGUCUCUGAUCAUUUUGUACUUUGAACUUAGUGUUGUUAGAAAGAGACGCAUUAUGAAAACGAUCAAUGGGCCACCAACUGUGCCAGUUUUGGGUAAUGCCCACAAAUUGGGCAAAACUCCAGUAGAAAUUCUUGAGAAAUUCUUUGAAUGGUGGAUUGAUUACGGCAAGGAUAAUUAUGCCUAUUGGAUUGGCUAUAAUUCUGGUAUAAUAGUUACAAAUCCCAAACAUUUGGAGUACAUUUUGAAUAGCCAAGAGUUGAUUCAAAAGUCUUCAGUGUAUCAGUUAUUGAAACCAUGGCUGGGUUUCGGUCUACUGACAAGUCAUGGCAUCAAAUGGCAUAAGCAUCGUAAGAUGAUAACUCCCUCAUUCCAUUUCAAUAUCCUACAAGAUUUCCAUCAAGUGAUGAAUGAGAAUUCCACGAAGUUUAUUGAACAACUGAAGAAAGCGGCUGCCAAUGAUUCAAUAUUUGAUUUUCAAGAUCAAGCCCAUUAUCUGACAUUGGAUGUUAUAUGUGACACAGCCAUGGGUGUAUCCAUUAAUGCCAUGGAAGAACGCGAUUCGAAUAUUGUACAGGCUUUUAAAGAUAUGUGCUACAUGACGAAUAUGCGGGCUUUCCAUCCUUUUAAGCGAUCGCACACAAUUUACUCGUUUCUGCCUGAAUAUGCAGUUUAUCAGAAAACACUCAAGACACUGAAAAAUUUCACAUAUGAUAUUAUAGAGAAGCGUAUACAAAGUCUACGUAAUUCUGUUUCACAAACCGGACAUCAAACAGAUGAUCUUUCGAUGAGCAGGAAGAAAAUGGCUUUUCUGGAUACUCUUCUAUCGUCAACUAUAGAUGGACGACCUUUGAAUCAGCAGGAAAUCUAUGAGGAGGUCUCAACAUUUAUGUUUGAAGGUCAUGAUACAACCACUUCAGGUGUAGCCUUUGCUGGUUAUCUACUUUCUAGACAUCAGGAUAUUCAGCAAAAACUUUAUGAGGAACAAUGUCAGAUUAUGGGCGAUAAUAUGCAACGUGAUGCCACUUAUAAAGAAAUCAAUCAAAUGAAAUAUCUAGAUCUAUUCAUUAAGGAAGCCCAACGUGUCUACCCCAGUGUUCCCAUAAUUGGCCGCUUUACCGAUAAGGAGUAUAUGAUAAAUGGCACUCUUGUACCCAAACAUACCACCUUGAAUGUAGCCAUCGUUUUGUUGGGCUAUAAUGAUCGCGUUUUCAAGGAACCUCAUCUUUUCAGACCUGAACGUUUUGAAGAGGAGAAACCAGGACCAUUUGAAUAUGUUCCCUUUAGUGCUGGUCCCCGAAAUUGUAUUGGACAAAAGUUUGCUCUUUUGGAAAUUAAAACAGCCAUCUCAAAAGUAAUACGUACAUUUAAGGUUCUGCCAGCCGUUGCAGAACUUGAGUCAAAGGAUGGCUAUCUGAAUACAUAUUUAGGCCUACCUCAUUCUGAACGACAGAAACGUGAGGCAAACCGCCAUAAAUAUGAUCCCAUUUUGUCAGCUGUCUUAACACUAAAAUCUGAAAAUGGUUUGCAUUUGAGACUUAAGGAAAGAAUUUGAUGUUAAUUACCAUCUAAUAAAAAGAGAUUAUCUUAAA